AUGGUCAAAGUCGUUGUUUGCGGUGCCGCUGGCGGUAUUGGUCAACCCCUCUCGCUCCUCUUGAAGCAGUCAGAACACAUCACCCACCUCGCCCUCUACGACGUCGUCAACGCCCCCGGAGUCGCCGCAGAUCUCUCGCACAUCAACACCCGCUCGACUGUUACAGGCUAUGGCAAGGAGGCCAUAGACGAGGCCCUCGUGGGAGCACAUACUGUUGUCAUCCCUGCUGGUGUGCCCCGUAAACCCGGCAUGACUCGUGAUGACCUCUUCAAGAUCAAUGCUGGCAUUAUCCGUGAUCUGUCCGAAGGUAUCGCAAGGAACUGCCCUACUGCCUUUGUCCUUGUCAUCUCCAACCCCGUCAACUCGACCGUCCCCAUCGUCGCAGAGGUCCUCAAGAAGCAUGGCGCAUUUGACCCCAGGAGGGUGUUUGGUAUCAGCACACUGGAUGUGGUUCGCUCAUCGCGCUUCGUCUAUGAACUCGACAACUCGAUCGACCCCAAAAGCACACGCGUCACAGUCAUUGGCGGACACAGUGGCAUCACAAUCGUCCCCGUCCUCUCUCAGAUCCCUGGACAAAAGUUCACCAAGGACCAGCUCGACCUGUUGACCCACCGCAUCCAGUAUGGAGGAGACGAAGUAGUCAAGGCCAAAGACGGUGCAGGAUCCGCAACAUUGUCAAUGGCCUUCGCAGGAGCACGAUUCACACAAGCGAUCCUCGAGGCUACUGUGGCCGGCAAGACAGGGUUGGUCGAGUCGACGUAUGUCAACUUGCAUGCAGACGAGGAAGGAACGGCUGCCUUCCGGGCCAAGACUCAGCUGGAAUACUUUGCACAGGAUGUCGAAUUCGGACGCGAGGGAGUGAGCAAAAUCCGACCCUUGCCCGAGUUGUCUGCCUACGAGCAGACGCUCUUGGACGCGGCUGUUCCUGAGCUCAAGGUCAACAUUACCAAGGGAACUUCCUUCAUCACCGACGCACCCAAGAUCUAA